AGAGACAGAGAUAAACCUUUAGACAAUCACAUUUUCGCAUAUCGUCGUUAUUAUUGUCUCAAAGUUAAAAGUUACAUUAUACUUGGUGGACUGGGUGGAUUUGGCUUGGAGUUAACCGACUGGCUAAUAUUUCGAGGCGCUAGGAACGUCGUGCUAGUUUCACGAACUGGAAUAAAAAAUGGCUACCAACGCAUGAAAGUUAAACUGUGGAAGUCGUACGGUGUAAAUGUUUUGAUUAUCAAAAACAUUGAUGUCGCUAACAUUCAGGAUUGCGAAUAUCUCUUACGAACUGCGGAAAGAGAAGGACCAGUAGACGCGAUAUUCAAUCUUGGCGUGGUAUUGAAGGACGGUAUCCUGAAGAAU